AAAGUAAUUUAUUUACUGUGUGCUCUUGCUAUAACUUUCGUUUCUGGAGAUGAUUGGGUAACAUGUCGAGAUUCUACCAACAGCUUUACUUGUUAUAUUGAUGGCCAGAUUCAUGAAAAAGGAACAACGAUUUUUUCUUCCAAUUCUGACGUCGUAAUUUUAAAACUAAGGAACAACGGAAAUAUAAAAUAUUUGCCUGAUAACAUUUCAACAGUGUUUCCAAAUUUAGAAAAUCUUUAUGCUUCUAGAAGUUCAAUUCUGGAAAUUCAAAAACUUAAUUUCAAUGGACUUUCAAAACUUCUUCGACUUUCAUUGGAUCAAAAUCAAAUUAAAGGCAUAAAUGGCGACGGUUUUGAAGGUUUAAUUCAUUUACGAGAAUUAUACUUAAAUGAUAAUGCAAUUGAAUACGUUGAAACAAGCGCUUUUAAAGAUUUGGGUGAUUUAGUAGAUUUAGAUUUAAGCAGUAACAAUAUCAUGGGGUUGAAUUCAACAUUAUUCGGCAAAAUAAACAGCUUAAAGAAUCUUCAUCUUGAAAAUAAUAAAAUCAGUAGGAUUAAUGAAGACUCUUUGUAUUAUUUGACGAAAUUGAAGUCCUUAUCUUUAAAUGGAAAUCAAUUACAAAGAUUCGAACUAUCGGGGUACAGUAAGUUCAAAGAUUUGGGGUCAUUAACAACACUGAAUUUGUCUAAUAAUGAAAUCGGAGAGCUCUCUGUGUUUUCUUUUUAUGGAUUGGAUAGUUUAGAAAUCUUGAAUUUGAAUCAUAAUCAAUUGGUACAUUUAGAUCAUUCUGCAUAUGACCCUUUGCUGAAUUUACAAUAUCUUCAUUUGGCAAACAAUUCUAUUGGGCGCGUGCCUAAAACCUUUUUCAUUGAAAUUCCCUUAUUUUUCGCAGCUUUAAAAGAAGUCGAUUUAUCAUCAAAUAGCUGUAUUAACAAAAUUUUUGAAAUAGAAAAACUUCAUUCGCACAAUAACAUGCCAGCCUUGUUAUCAUACCUAGGACGCAAAUGUAAAGGACGUAUGGACGUUGUUCAAGAAAUUGAAAACUUUUUUGGAGUUUACUUAUUAGUAAAUAACAAUGAAAAUCCAAAAUUUAAUGGUCGAUGCUAUGUCGGCUUUACAGUCGAUCCCAACAGAAGAAUAAAUCAACAUAACAGAGGCAAAAAGUAUGGAGGUGCAGGACAAACAUCGAGAGUUCCAGGUCCAUGGACGAUGGUGUUGAUUAUUCACAACUUUCCUGAGAACAUUUCAGCACUUCGUUUCGAAUGGGCAUGGCAGGAGCCGAAAGCGUCAAGAAGGUUGAAAACUAUUCAAAGUAUUCAAAGGAAAAGACCAGGCGAGAGUCACUUCAACUAUCAUUUCCGUAUUCUCACUGAGAUGAUUAAUUUGGGUCCAUGGAAUCGACUUCCACUCAAAAUUCGAUGGCUUGAGCAAGACUUUUACACAGAAUUUCCCACUGGUCGAUUGCCUGAACACAUGGUGGUUUGUCAUGGACCAAUUAAAGCUAAGAAAAUUAAUCGAGGCAAUAGAGAACUGAUGGAAGCUGUCAGAGCACGAACCGAAUGUCAUCUUUGCAUGGAGGAAAUCAAAGAUCUCGAAGAUGAUCGAAUCUUUUGCAUCAAUCAACGAUGUAAACUUGUUUCUCAUUUAAGAUGUCUCGCCAAAAUAUGUUUAGAGCCAGGUCAUUAUAUUCCCAUAAAAGGAAGUUGUCCUCUUUGUGAUUGCAACUUUUUAUGGGGUGAUGUAAUCAGAAAGAAGAAAGGUUGUUUCGAUGGUGGACUCGUUAAUGAUAUUAAAGAUGAUUAUGAUAUUUAA